AUGUCCCUCAUAUCUCGCAUCUCCCUCACCGGUCCUGAGACCUCCGACCCUGAGGACCUCCUCAGUGACUCACUAGGUGUCGUCUUUCCGGAUGAUGUGACCAACCAGCACGGCGACUCACACCAUGGUCUCCUCUACACGUCGCCGUACCUCCCAAACCCAAUCCAGCUGGCACUGGCCCAAGUCGAAAAUGACAGUGAUCGCCGUCUGUUCAGCCACUACUUGUGGAACUCGUCACUGCUGCUGGCAGAAUUGAUUGAGGCUGGUACAUUGGGGCUGUCGUUGCCUCAGCCAUCGGAAGAACUCAUGGGGUCGGAAGCAAAUGAUGGAUCAAGCAUCGAGGCAACUAGCACGGAUGAUCAAGAUUUAAAGAAGCUAAAAAGAAGGCAUCUCGGUCCUCCAGUCUCUUUGUUCGAUAUCACGGGGCUGUCGACCAUCGAGCUAGGAGCAGGCACUGCCCUUCCAUCGAUCAUGGCCGGGUUAAUUGGUGCUCGGCGGGUCGUGAUCACGGAUUAUCCUUCGAAGCCGGUGCUCAAAACACUGCAGGAGAAUGUUAAGGGCGCGAUUCAGGCCAAAAACGCCCCUUCGGGGAGAUUUGCUGUCGAUCCUGAAACCACAGAUGUUCUCGUAGCGGGACAUGCCUGGGGCGAGUUUGACACGCCGCUGGCGAAGGAGAAUUGGCAUGCAUUCGACCGCGUAAUUUCUGCCGACUGUCUGUGGAUGCCCUGGCAGCAUGAAAAUCUUAGGCGGUCGAUCGAGUGGUUCCUGAACGAGGAUGAGAAUGCACGUGCUUGGGUAGUUGCUGGGUUUCACACAGGACGGCAGAAGAUGCGUGGAUUUUUUGACAAGGAGGCGCUGGCAGCGGUUGGUCUCGAAGUUGAGUAUCUCUGGGAACGCGAUUGCAAUGGCAUGGAUCGGCCGUGGGCGUGGGAUCGAGGCAUCGAGAGCAUCAGUGUGCGUAAGCGCUGGCUGGCGAUUGGGGUGUUGAAGAGGAUACGUAAGUCGACGGAGAACGGCGGCCAGGAGAACAGGAGUCAGUAA